UUUAUUUACAAAUCAACACGCGAUAAAAUAAAUUAUAAUAGUAAUCCCUAUUGUGAUAAACACUUAAGAUUAGAUAUAAAUAUAUAUUUUCUUCUAUAAAACUUCACUUUUAUAGAACAUUGAAGAUAUUGUUUAUAUUUUGAAGUAAAAGUUAAGUUAAACAAUGUCAUUCGUUUCUUGCAACCUUCGUCGCAUGUCAACUGUGUCAAGAGUUUUGGAAAUAUCAAAAACUAUGUACCCUAACCUUUCACAGUUUGUACGCUGCAAAUCAGAUAAUGUAGUUGUCACUAUAGGAGAUGUUUCAAAACCAGUGAAGUCAGCACAGAAUUCUGAAUACGUACCACGAAAAUAUUUAAUAAAGGCAUCUACUCAAGAGGCAUUGAGGCACUUAAGAUGGAUGCUCCAAAAGGAUGUUUUAUCUCAAGAUAUUUUUUUAAUGGGCGGUCCAGGAAUUAAAAGAAGAGAAUUAGCUCUAUCAUUUCUUGAACUUACGGGACGCGAAUUAGAAUUUAUUGCACUUUCGAGGGACACAACCGAAGCAGAUUUGAAACAGAGGAGGGAAAUUAAAAGAGGUACUGCUUAUUAUCACGAUCAAAGUGCAGUGAGAGCCGCAACAAAUGGAAGAGUUCUCAUUAUCGAGGGUGUUGAGAAAGCUGAACGAAACGUGCUUCCUGUAUUAAAUAAUUUAUUAGAGAAUCGGGAGAUGCACUUGGAAGAUGGUAGAUUUCUUAUCCCCGCGGCACGUUAUGAUAAGUUACUCGAGGCGCAUAGUCAAGAAGAAUUAAAUGCUUGGCGGCUCGUUCGAGUUAGCGAGGACUUCAGAGUUAUCGCGCUAGGUCUACCAUCACCGCGAUAUCCUGGACAUCCGCUCGAUCCUCCUCUCAGAUCUAGGUUUCAAGCCAGACAUAUUCCACCACCGAGUUACGAAGAACAAUUGGAAACUUUGAGGAACUUAGUUCCGAACGUUGACGCCGGGAAAUUGUCGCAACUAUUAUCUUGCGCGCACGCUUUGAUCACGCAAGAGGCCAUAUCCCUAGGUCUUCCAGAUUUUCCUUUAGACAAUUUAACGUCAGCUGCUAUUAUAAUGGAUAAGUGUCCACACCUGCCGGUAUCGGAUAUAUUUUACAGAUUCUAUCCGUAUAAAUUGUUUCUGGGGAAAGAGGGUCAAACCGCGGUCGAAGAUAUACUUAAAACCUUUAAUAUCCUGGAUUCGUACAAACAUGAUAACGUUACACGACGUCUAAACGUAAAUGGAAAAACUGACGACUCGCUGAGCGUCACGAUACAAUACGGCAACGUUAAAACAACGUUGAAUCAGGUUCUUUGCGGCACCAGCGAUAUAAACGAUAAUACAAAACAAAACAAAUACGUACAGACUAAUUAUCAGAAUAAUCUGUUGACGAGCAUGUUGGAGACACACUUGGUGUCAGACUUCUGUCUGAUUGGACCAAAAGGUUGUGGGAAGUCUACCACUGUGCAGACGUUAGCCGAUUUAAUGGGGUACCAAGUAGAACCUAUAGUACUCUAUCAGGAUAUGACUUCCAGGGAUCUGAUACAACAACGAACUACUCUGUCUAAUGGCGACACCGUUUGGAAAGAUUCGCCACUGGUCGACGCGGCCCUGCAAGGAAAAAUGGUUAUAUUGGACGGAAUUAAUAGGAUCCACCCUAGCACUUUAGCUAUAUUGCACAGAUUGGUUCACGAUCGAGAGUUGCAAUUGCACGACGGGAAAAGGUUGAUCAGGUCCGAUCGUUACGACGAGAUAAAGAGGGAGCACGAUAAGUCGGACGCAGAUAUGCGGGAUUCGGGAGUGUUGCGUAUCGAUCCUGCAUUUAGAAUCGUAGCUUUAGCGGAAUCGCCGAUAAUUAAUAAUUCCUCGGGCCAGUGGUUAAAUUCGGAGCUACUCAGCUUAUUUCUUUUCCACAAAAUGAGACCACUCGACAAAUCUGAAGAGCUUCACGUCAUUCAAUCGAAGUAUGGGGAGCCUUGCAAAGCGUUGUCGAGCAUUUUAGAACUGGCACACGUAUUACGAUCCUCCAGCGAUCCGACUUUGCAGUCUCUGGCCGGAUCUCUCAGCACGAGACAGCUUCUGAGGAUAGCGGAGAGAAUGCACAAAUUUCGAACCGACGAUGCAUACGACGCGGUGCGUCGCGCCUGUUUGGCCCGUUUUUUGCCAACGUUGGCGAAGCAAACCCUGGAAGAUUGUUGCAAACGAGUGGGUAUCGUUCCGACGAAAGUCGCGGUGGACAAGGACAUUAAGUGUCGAAUCACGGGCAACACCGUACAAAUUGGAAACACGGUCGUCGAUCGAUACAGCACCACGGCUCUAACGAAAGUGCCUGACAUUUUGUUUUACGACGUGCCCCAGCACGUGUCUCUGUUAGAGAAAUUGCUGCAGGACUUCAUAUUGGGGCAGAAUCUGUUGCUGGUGGGGAACCAGGGCGUCGGGAAGAACAAAAUUGUCGACAGGCUGUUGCAGGUUUUAAAUAGGCCACGCGAGUACAUACAACUUCACAGGGACACGACCGUUCAAACUUUGACGCUCCAGCCCAUGGUUAGGGACGGGAAAGUGGUCUACGAAGACUCGCCGCUCGUGCAAGCCGUUAAAUUAGGCCACGUGCUUGUCGUCGACGAAGCGGACAAGGCUCCCACCCACGUUACUUGCAUUUUAAAAACUCUGGUCGAAUCCGGAGAAAUGAUACUGUCGGAUGGCAGACGCAUCGUACCCUCCGCGAGUUCUGUCGCGCGGAAUUCAAACACCAUACCGCUACAUCCGGACUUCAGGAUAAUAGUAUUGGCGAACAGACCGGGCUUUCCGUUCCUGGGGAACGAUUUUUUCGGUGCUCUGGGCGAUCUGUUCAGCACCCAUGCUGUCGACAAUCCGAGCGUCGAAAACGAGAUUCAACUUUUGAAGGAGUACGGUCCGAACGUGGACGAGAACGUAAUAUUCAAGCUGGUGAAAGCUUUCGGCGAUCUGAGAAACAUGGCCGACCAAGGCUUGGUCUCGUAUCCAUAUUCGACUCGGGAAGUCGUUAACAUUGUGAAACACUUAGAGAAAUUUCCUCAGGAAUCAUUGGCUAACGUAGUACGAAAUGUAUUCGAUUUCGAUCGGUAUAGUCAAGAGGUAUUCGAAACCUUAGUGUCCGUUCUUCACAAGCAUGGGAUUCCCAUUGGAACAAGUCCCACUAAUGUCGCGUUAGCGAAAGAAAUAUCUUUACCGGCAAACAGGAUUUCCGCUACUUGGAAUAUUUCGAACGAGCGAAAAGCAUUGCCUGUCCAAGAAAGAUAUAUUAAAUUAACGUCGCCUAUGAGUUUGGUACAAAAUGUGUUGUCUUUAGAUCGUAUCGAAGCUAGAUCAGCCAUGUUCACCGAAUUGCAAUAUUAUUGGACUAUACCAAUUGAUGAAACUAGCCUGAUCGCAGCUUUGUCAGUUGCUGAAGACGCGAAAGCUGGUGGUACAAAUGAUACAAUUCAUGUUCUUGCCACGCAUCCGUUAAAGAUCUUUAGUACGAGCCAGAACUCAGAUAAAAUUCAAGAAACCGUGAUACAUGGUUUGAUCAGUCCUGAGAGUGGCAAUAAACCCAUGUAUACAAUAUCCACCGAUAACGAUCAACAUGUUUUGGUGCACGAAGAGACUAGUCAUGUUUUGCUCCUGGUCGAUGUAAAUAAUGGGUCUGUUCGACAAAUACAAUUAUCGUCAUUGUUCGAUAAAGCUUCGGAUAAAAUAUCAAACGCUUUCAGCAAUAAAAAGUAUCUUUGGAAGAUGAACAACCAGUUGACGCUAUCUCACAAUCAAAUCGUUUUCUACGCGUUUAAUUCCAACAAAAUAGAAGUAAUCGAUUUACAUUCCAUGAGUGCUUACACGAUCACUCUACCGUUCGACGUAGAGUCAGUUUUGCUUUCGUCCGAGAAAAAAUGGUUGAUCCAAGACACGUCAAGAAACAAAUAUGUUCUUACGAAAUCUGCCGAUUCGUCGCCCUGCCCAAACGUUUUACAAGAUCUGGAAGAAUCUAACGCGAGCCACCUAAAAGUUGGUUCGUUUAUGAGUUGCAGUAAGAAUAAUCUGCCCCCCAACGUGCUUAGCGCAGCUCUGCAACAAAAGAUCGAUUCUCCGAACAGACUGAUAGUGACUGACAACACUUAUGCCAGUAUCGCCGUCGGAUUUCCUGAUUUAGAGAGUACCAACGAAGUUCAUUUUUGGCCAAGGAAACAGCGAAGCAGGAGCUUUACACCGCCUAUCAUCAUGGAAAGUGGACAAAUUGUUAAAACAGUUGUGCCCCAAGAAGUGCCCGACGACCUUUUCCCUACGAACGCAAAACAUUUGGGAAUCGCUAGUUACUUAGAAAUUGUUGACACCGUGAACAAUAAGUUGCGUUAUAUACCUAUACCGGAACCGGCAAAUGUAUCACCGAUGAUUCAAUGGUUAUAUUCAAACGGUUAUCCUACGUAUGCUGCGCCGACAUCGAAUCAGAAUUUGGUAACAGUAGACGUAUCUGGAUGUGUUAGAUAUUGGGAAACAUCCUUAGCAAAUAUUGAAAAAUCGUUAGGAGCUUGGAGAAGAAUGAUGGGCGGCGACAACGAAAAGCUGCAGAUUACGAAAGAGAGAUAUUCCGGUUUGGACGUUAGUAGUCCGAAGCAUGGAAAGAUAGACGAAAAGAACGAUCCGCAUGUCGGGGGGAACACAUGGGCCGGAGGGACUGGAGGAAGAGAUACAGCGGGUCUUGGCGGAAAGGGUGGUCCUUAUCGUUUGGAUGCUGGCCAUACGGUGCAUCAGCUUAGCGACGAAGAAAAGAAUGCUGUACCGGAACACGUAAAAAAAGCGGCGAGGGAAAUGGGCCUUAAAGCAUUCCAGCAACGCUUGAAGGAUAUUAAGAUGAGCGAAUACGACCAUAAACUUUAUUCUCAAUUCAGUAGUCCUGUUCAAAGGCAGGUUCAAGCAUUGAGGAAUAUAAUAGGUAGUUUACAGGCCAAAAGUAAGGAGCGCGAAUGGCACAGGCACCAAACUUCUGGUGAGUUGGACGAUACUAAAUUAAUCGAGGGACUAACGGGGGAAAGGACGAUUUACCGGAGAAGAGCAGAAAAGGAACCCGAGUUUGGUACACCGCCAUCGAAACCAAAACGUUUGAAAUUGGUAGCGGAUGUAUCUGGCAGCAUGUAUAGGUUUAAUGGGUAUGAUGGACGUCUCGACCGCGAGAUGGAGGCGUGUGUCAUGGUAAUGGAGGCGUUUAGCGGGUACGAAGGAAAGUUUCAGUAUGAUAUCGUUGGUCAUUCCGGCGAUGACUAUCGUAUUGGAUUCGUCAACCAUACUCAACCGCCGACGGAUAAUAGGCGUAGAUUGGAAGUAAUAAAGACGAUGCAUGCGCACUCGCAAUUUUGCAUGUCUGGCGAUAAUACCUUGGAGGCAACUCAACAUGCAAUCGCGAGUCUUUCUAAAGAGGAUACUGACGAGUCAAUCGUGGUAGUACUGUCGGAUGCGAAUUUGGAACGUUAUGGUAUUCGUCCUGAACAAUUUUCAAAAAUCCUCAUGUCGAAUCCGGAUGUAAACGCUUUCGCCAUAUUUAUUGGAUCAUUGGGCGAUCAAGCAGCUAGGUUAAUUAAAAAGAUGCCUUCAGGCAGAGCAUUUGUUUGCAUGGAUCUGAAGGAUAUACCACGAAUCUUACAACAAAUAUUUGCUGCUUCUUUGCUAAGUACUACGCGACCUAAUUAAUAUUAUACACUAAUAAAAUUUAAAAAAAACAAGGAAAUCAUGUAUUAUAAUGUAUGUUUACUUUGU